CUGGAGCUAGAUCAUGUGAGCGUCCACGCGCCGAAAGUAGGUUAGACUUCAGAAGCAGACACGAAGAGAGGGAAGGAGAGAGAGAGAGCGGAGUGCAUCAUUUUAUUGCAUAGCGUCCAUGCAGCGAAAAAGUAUCUAUGAUGGAGCGACAUUUACUCUAAAUCGCUGGUUUGUUUAGAGGACAAGUAGCUUGUGCAAUAAUUAAUGAGGUUUAGUUCUUUUAUUUGCUUACAACCACUCCUUUUUUGGAGUUUUAAAAUUUCAAGCGAUUAUUUUUUUACUUUUGGUGUUGUUCAGAUGUGCAGGAGUUACAUUAUUAUUGGCAGAUAAUACAGCAUCAAAAUGAGAGCUCAAAUUGAAGUAAUCCCAUGCAAGAUUUGUGGGGACAAGUCAUCAGGCAUCCAUUAUGGGGUGAUCACAUGUGAGGGCUGCAAGGGCUUCUUUCGUCGAAGUCAGCAGAACAAUGCAAUAUACUCCUGCUCGAGACAGAGGAACUGCCUUAUUGACCGAACCAACCGCAACCGCUGCCAGCACUGCCGCCUGCAGAAGUGUCUGGCACUGGGCAUGAGCCGUGAUGCUGUGAAGUUUGGUCGCAUGUCAAAAAAGCAGCGUGACAGUCUCUAUGCUGAGGUUCAGAAGCACCAACAGUCCCAGGAGCGGGCAGGGGGUCUGGGCAGCAAUGUACCUGGCCACACCGGUGAUGAUGCUGGGGAGAAUGGCAGCAGUCAUAGCCGGGCCUACAGUCGGGACUCCAGCACCACCCUUAGUGACUUGGAUGAUAUUACCACACUACCAGAUGGCCUGCUGUUUGAUCUGCCACUCACACCGGAGGAAGCUGGUGACUACUGCAGCCUGGAGCUGCUGGGGGGCAGCGGAGGGAGCAGUUCAUCUUCCCAGAGUUCCCCUGAGCCUAAUAGACAGGAGUUUGGCGACACAAUGCACAUCAAACACGAGUACGACUCAGGACUCUUCUCUCGCUCAUUGCUUAACCCAUCAGAAGGCUGUUCCUUGAUGGAAAUUGAACGGAUCACACAGAAUGUGGUGAAAUCCCACAUCGAGACGAGUCAGUACAGCACAGAAGAGCUGAAGAGAUUCGCUUGGACCCUCUACACACCCGAAGAGAUACGCGCCUACCAAAACAAGCCCACAGAGAUGCUUUGGGAGCAGUGUGCCGUGCACAUCACUAACGCCAUCCAGUACGUUGUUGAGUUUGCCAAGCGUAUCUCUGGAUUCAUGGACCUGUGUCAAAAUGACCAGAUAAUCCUUCUCAAAGCAGGCUGCUUGGACGUGCUGUUGAUCCGAAUGUGUCGGGCCUACAACCCCAUCAACAACACGUUGUUGUUUGAUGGAAAGUUUGCGACCCCACAGCUGUUUAAAGCACUCGGUUGUGAUGACCUGGUGAGUACUGUGUUUGAGCUUGGUAAAACCAUGAGUCGACUACAGCUUUCGGAAGAAGAGAUGGCACUGUUUACCGCCACUGUGCUUCUGUCUCCAGACCGACCUUGGCUGACAGAUGCUCAGAAGGUGCAGAAACUUCAGGAGAAGAUCUAUGUUGCAUUGCAACACUGUCUUCAUAAAAGUAGUGCCUCUGAGGAGAAAAUGGCAAAGAUGGUGUCCAAGUUGCCCAUGAUGAAGUCUAUUUGCAACCUCCAUAUUGAUAAGCUGGAGUUUUUCCGCCUCCUUCACCCAGAAACGGCCCUCAACUUCCCUGCUCUUUACAGGGAGGUCUUUUGCAGCGAGAUAACUUUCCCAGACUCCACUGAGGGCUAACAUUCAUUCAAGUGUCAAACUGGCGUCAAUGAGAGAGAGGUAGAGAGGAUUAAAGAAAGACGGGAUGGCAAUAGGAGGUAGAUGGAUAUGUGCUUGAGACAAACCAGCAACACAAUGACAAUCCUGCACAUUACACUUUAGGACUCCAUCUAUAACCUCCCUCCUGAUGAAGGUGAUUCAGGCCCACAUUUCUUACGAGAUGCUGUUAAAUGACAGCAGUCUAACAUGAGGUGCUGGGUGCUUUUACUCAUGCCACCUACUUAUAGUAACUAAAACAGAGUAAACGAUGUAUAUGUAAUUUAAAAGAGUACUCAAUUAAAUAUGUAGCACAAAUCUCCUAAAAAAUGAAGUGCUUGAAAAGUGGGUUGGGGGAUAUUUCCCUUAACUAUUUUCUUAGUACUCUUAGGAAGAGAAUUGUCAUGAAUGUAACCCAAAUGGCAUGUGGCACAGCAUCAGGAUUAAGACAGAAUGUAUUACGUAUUCCUGCCCACUUCGCUUCCAUAGCAUAGCCCUGCAGGCGACAGUUUCCAAUCCAUGAAAGGGACCAAAUGCAAACAUGCAACCCUGUUCUUAGUGCUUUAGCAUUUCAGGGAGUCACCCUGAGGUCAUAAACGCCAUAUGAGCGCCCACACUUUCACAGACGCAACACUAGCUACUGCGCAUUGCGCAGACUUUGUACAAACACAUGUGCACAGUGUGUUUUCUCUCAAGCUCUUUAUUUUUGCAUAUAAAUUAAAAAGAUUAAACUAAACUAACGAAAACCUCAUCCUUACUUCCCUUUCCCAUGCAAAUGCCACUUCGUUUAAGAUAAGAUAAUAUUUUGAAACCCUUAUUUGAUUUGAAAGAUCAUGUAUGUAGAAGAAUAGAUGUAUUUCAAAAUAUAUUUAUAAGCAGAGCCUACAGAAAGGGUAAGAUAUGAAUGUAGAGAGAGAAAGAAAGAGGACUUAAUUAGAAAAUUGCACCAAUGAGUGAAUGUUCUCAAGCCAUUUCAAAGACUUCCCAACCCUUGGAGUGGUAUUCUGGGAAGACAGGACUGGAUUUGGAAGUCACCUGACAUGCUGAUUUUGAAAGAUUUAAAUGCAGGUAAACAGCACUUAAGACUCAGAUACACCACAAAAAACUGGGGAAAUUAACGCUUUCAUUGCCCUCUUACGCGAGCAGGACUUUACUGUCACCCCACAAUCGAUGGCUGAAAGAUAUUGCCGCUUUGAGGGAGAGUUUCUGAAGUUGAGUUCUCCUAAGUGAGCAUGCAGCAAAGCACUCAAGCAGCUGCCGUGGGAGCAGGGCCUCAGGGGAGAAAGCGGAUGGGCGGACCGGUAUUUUUUUUUAUUUUUUUUUUUUUUUUUAAAAGAGACAACUAACAAACAAUUUGAGCCCACUGUCAGUCGCAAGGACACCACGGAAAUGAGGCACAGAUGUGAUCCAGGAUAUGAGGAUUCACGGACUAUACCUCAUGCUUUGAGUCUGAUGUGGGGAUCAGUGUUGGUUUGCUGUGUGAUUGUUUUUUGUUUUUUUCCACCACCCCUUCACCCUUUGUGUUCACAUAUAGCACAACUAUUGGUUGACAGAGCCAUCAGCUACCCCCCUGAGUUAGGGAAUACUAUGGUUAGUUUGUUUUUCAAAACUGCAUAUUUUGCUAUUCAAACCGAAGGACAAAUAAUGUUUAAUAUCUAUCCGCACAUUCUUCUGAAUUAGGAAGUCCUAUAAACUAGAGAUCAAGAUUGGUCUCUGGGUACAUUUAGGAGUGGCCCAGAAAUGGGAAAACCAAGCAAAGCCCGAAGGAGGGCUUUUCAAAAACCUCUCAGAACCCCUCUGUGCCCAGAUCCAGGAAGAAAAAUGAUUUCUGCAGCUAUAUCAGAUUACAGGGCAUGAAAGACGUUGUUCAGAAUGACUGACUGAUAGAUAUCAAUCUCCAGUUUCCUGUCAGUUACAUUUAACAUGCUCGUCUAAUGAUUCAUUUUUGCACUGCUGGAACAGUGCUGCUGUCCAAACUGUAUAUUUUCUAAGAUUUUAUAUGGUUUGUAUAAUAUACUUUUAUCUGGGUGCUUCAUACAGUAUCAUAAUGUCUGCCUGUGCAAUAGUCAGUCUUUCCAUUUUUAGUGUUGAGGGCCCUCGCAAGCAAAGGAUUCAUCUCCUUGGAUUUCAUAAGCACUCCAGCUCAGAUCAUUUAACACCUCCCAUCAUGGUUUCUAAGUUCUGUAUACUCAACACUCGUGUAUUUUUUUACAUUUGUAUUAACUGACUUAAAGUUGAAGCGUGAAGGCAGAGAAAGAUUGUAACAAAGUGCAAAUACUUCGUAAAAACCAUUAGAGUUUUGAUUAUGCAUUUUGUGGAGUGACAUUUGCAGCUCCACAAACUGCCCCAUGUGUUCAUCCUCCUCCAUGAGGGUAGUUCUGGAAGUAUGUGUUUACAUCUACACUCAGUCACUCAGGGAGAUAGCUGGGUUCUCUGUCCUACAAUGCCUUCUUCAGUUAACCUAGCAAGACACCUUGCACCAAAUAGAAGACCUUAAACUUUACGGUAGCUUUUCUUGUGAAUGUUGAUCGAAGAAGUACUUUUACCCCUGUCUUAUACCAGUACUAUUGGAGGUCUUUUUGAGUUUGACUUGAUUAAAAAAAAGAAUAGGAUCAAAUUUAUUAAAAGGCAUUCAGAUAUAUAUGGAUGAAUGUAAUCUUUGAAUCUAGUGUUGUUUUUUCUGUGAUCUUCAUGUCAGUCCUUUUCUGUAAUAUAUGUUCUCACCCGUUUUAGUGUCAUCCUUUGUCUUGAAGAAUUAAAAUCUUAUUUUUUUAAAGAGAUUUUUUUAAAGCAGAAAAUCCCGAGACUCCUCAUUCUUUUGCCAUGAUCCAUAUGUGGUAACAUUCAGUUUAACUUUGUUGUUUCCAAGUAAAUAAAUCAUAUUAUAGAUUUCAAAGAAUAUAAUUUAUGGUAUAUUAUGGAUGCAGACAAUAAAACGAACACAUUAAAGAGUUAUUGUUGUACAGUGAGGAUUAAACGCAUGGAUUCAGAGUGUAAUAAAGGUCUUUUUACAUUACA